UAUACCACACUCCACUCUGCGCCCACAACACUAUAAAUUCCAGCUUUUAGUCAGUUUCACGGGCCAUUUCUAACAUUCACUAUACAUUGUUUCUGACACCACCCCCCACACCCACAAUGUCAUCCAAAAAUCACACAUCUCCAUUGUUGGUGACGAUCAGUAUUGUCGCCAGGAUAUUACUUUUUUUAAUUCUAUUAGGGACCCACCACCAUAAUUGGGCUGUUGCUCGCAGCAACAGCCCAAUAAAGACGGUGGUGGUUCUCGUAAUGGAGAACAGGUCAUUCGACCACAUGUUAGGUUGGAUGAAGAAACUCAACCCGGAAAUCAAUGGCGUGGACGGUUCGGAAUCCAACCCUGUUUCGACGUCCGACCCGAAGUCCCGUCGGGUUUAUUUCGGGGAUAAGUCUCAUUAUGUUGAUCCUGAUCCAGGACAUUCAUUUCAAGCAAUAAGGGAGCAGAUAUUUGGGUCUAAUGAUAGUUCGAAAAAACCAGCACCAAUGAAUGGAUUUGCUCAACAAGCUCUUUCAAUGGAUUCUAAUAUGCCUGAUCAGGUCAUGAAUGGGUUCCAACCUGAUAUGGUAGCAGUAUACAAAACCCUGGUAUCAGAAUUUGCGGUGUUCGACCGGUGGUUCGCGUCGGUGCCAGCAUCGACUCAACCUAAUCGUCUCUACGUUCACUCCGCCACAUCUCACGGCGCCACCUCAAAUAUAGCGUCGUUGUUAGCUAAAGGCUACCCGCAGAGAACGAUCUUCGAGAACCUUGACGAUGCCGGAAUAAAUUUUGGAAUUUAUUAUCAGAAUAUUCCGGCCACUCUAUUUUACUUGAAUUUAAGAAAGCUCAAGUAUGUUGGAAAGUUCCAUCCUUAUGAUAUCACUUUCAAAAAUCAUGCCAAAUCAGGAAAGUUACCAGGAUAUGUUGUGGUGGAGCAGCGAUACAUGGACUCAAAGUUACAACCGGCUAACGAUGAUCACCCAUCACACGAUGUAUAUCAAGGCCAGAUGUUUGUAAAGGAGGUGUACGAAACUCUAAGGGCAAGCCCACAGUGGAACCAAACACUACUAGUUAUUACCUAUGAUGAACAUGGUGGGUUCUUUGAUCAUGUCCCUACACCUGUCAGUGGGGUCCCUAGCCCAGAUGGAAUUGUGGGAGAACCGUUCGAUUUCAAGUUUGAUAGAUUGGGUGUUAGAGUUCCUACUAUCAUGAUAUCUCCUUGGAUCCAAAAGGGCACAGUUGUUCAUGGUCCUAAUGGGUCGCCAUUUCCGACUUCGGAAUAUGAACAUUCAUCAAUUGCGGCAACGGUGAAGAAGAUCUUUAAUUUGCCAUCACCUUUUCUUACUAAAAGGGAUGCAUGGGCUGGCACUUUUGAACAUAUUCUACAAACUAGGAAGGAACCCAGAACUGAUUGCCCUGAGAAACUUCCAACUCCAACAAAGAUCAGAAAGGGAGAAGCAAAUGAAGAUGCAAACAUAAGUGAAUUCCAGCAAGAGCUAGUUCAACUCGCGGCGGUUCUAAAAGGAGAUCAUCUUCUAACAAGCUAUCCAGAAAAGAUAGGCAAGGGCAUGACUGUAAGACAAGGGAAAGCUUAUAUGGAAGAUGCCGUAAAACGCUUCUUUGAGGCUGGAUUUGCUGCCAAGAAAAUUGGUGUUGAUGUAGAACAGAUUGUGCAAAUGAGGCCUUCACUCACUACAAGAUCAUCUACUAAUUUGCAUCCUUAAAGGAAUAUUCAAAUGAAAUAUACAAAUAUACUCAGAUAUGGUAUUGUCGAAGCCAUUUAAUUAUGAUGUAAUUUAUGUGGUAAAAAGUUGCAUUA